GAAAUUGCGAGGUUGUUGUGGAAGCUGGGAAGUUUACAUCAGAAUUAAAGGAAAAUAGUCUCAAAAUCUCUUUGUCAAAGAAUGUCAAAGUCAAAAUCUCUGUUGUGGAUGAUGGGAAAUGUUCAAAGGAAUGCAAAAGCCGUAUUGAGUAUGAGGAAAAUGGAAAUUAUUGCUUCGUUCUCUUUAAUCCCAAAGAUGAUGAUGGAAAAACCAAGUCUUUACUACAGGACGUAUUGAACAUUUAUUCAAAAGAACUUCCGGACAUGAAUUAUGCUGCAAACACAGGAAAAGAGUCACAGUUCCUUGAAAGAUGUGUAUUGAACGGGAAGUAUUGCACGUUAGUUCUGAAAACCAAGGAAGGCGUAGAACCUGGGGAGGUCAUUGCAGCGAUCACUUAUCAAAUAAUCCCGGCUGAUACGCAAUUUGCUGAGGUUCCUCUUGCAGCUGUUAAAUCGGUUUACCAGCACAAGGUCCUCUAG